AUCAACAGCAGAUAUUUUUAUAUUCCUUUUACAGAGCCGAAACUCUCCCCCAAGUCAUUGAGUCAUGACUAUUUCACAUUUCCAACCGCCUCUUGCGUGCUCUUGAGGAAACGAUCCUCAUGCCUCUCCUUCGAUUCCGUUUCUAGUCCGAUCGAAAUCGAACUCUUUGAGAAUUUCAUUCUCUUCUCACGAUUAUUGAUUUUACAUUUGUUUUUUCCCUUUUACGGUGAGAAUUUUGAUUUGCAGAGUUCAAAGAUGUUGGAAGAUCAGGUAGCUUACUUGUUACAAAGGUACUUGGGGAACUAUGUGAGGGGAUUGAAUAAGGAAGCUCUUAAGAUCAGUGUUUGGCAAGGAGAUGUAGAGCUGAAAAAUAUGCAACUAAAACCAGAAGCACUUAAUGCUUUGAAAUUACCUGUGAGGGUUAAAGCUGGAUUUCUUGGAUCAGUCAAACUCAAGGUACCAUGGACCAGACUUGGACAGGAACCUGUAGUGGUUUAUCUCGACCGAAUUUUUGUAUUAGCCGAACCUGCAACUGAUGUUGAAGGACUUAGUGAGGAUUCUAUCCAGGAAGCAAAAAGAAAUCUAAUACGGGAAAUGGAAACUAAAUUAGUUGAAAGAGCUCGUCGACUACAGACAGAAAUGAACAAAUCAUGGAUGGGAUCAGUGAUCAACACUAUCGUUGGAAACUUGAAGCUGUCAAUUUCAAAUAUUCACAUAAGAUAUGAGGAUCUAGAGAGCAAUCCCGGCCACCCGUUCUCAGCUGGUGUUACUCUAGAGAAACUCUCAGCUGUAACCAUUGAUGAGAGUGGAAAGGAAACUUUUAUUACUGGCGGGACUCUGGACUCCAUCCAAAAGUCUGUUGAACUUGAUCGGCUUGCAUUCUAUCUUGAUUCUGACAUGUCUCCGUGGCAUAUUGACAAACCAUGGGAGGUUUUAACUCCUUUUGAGUGGGAUCAGAUUUUUAGAUAUGGAACAAAGGAUGGUAAGCCAGCUGACUGCCUCACGAGAAAGCAUUUCUAUAUUCUGCAACCUGUCUCAGGGAAUGCGAAGUACUCUAAGUCCCAAGCAAAUGAAUCUUCAAAUGCUGUUCAACCUUUGCAGAAGGCAUAUGUAAACUUAGACGAUGUGACACUUUGUUUAUCAAAGGGAGGAUACAGGGAUGUCAUGAAACUUGCUGAUAAUUUUGCUGCAUUUAAUCAGCGUUUGAAAUAUGCACAUUACCGUCCAUCUGUUCCAGUUAAAAUCGACGCAAAAUCUUGGUGGAAAUAUGCUUACAGAGUUGUUUCAGAACAAAUUAAGAUAGCAAGCGGGAGAAUGUCAUGGGAGCACGUUUUAAAGUACACUAGUCUACGCAAGAGAUACAUCACACAGUAUGCUUCGUUGCUGAAAUCUGAUAUCAGUAGGAUAGUUGUUGAUGAUGAUGAAGAAAUUGAGGCCCUUGAUCGGGAACUUGAUACCGAUGUCAUUUUGCAAUGGAGGAUGUUGGCGCACAAGUUUGUUGAGAGGUCGGUACAGGCAGAAAAUUACUCGAAGAAGCAACAGGCUAAAAGUUCAUGGUGGCCGUUUGGAGGGAAGAGUGAAGUGUCUGGAGGUGAAGGAGAAUCUAUUCAAUUCACAGAUGAAGAUUGGGAACGGUUAAAUAAAGUCAUAGGGUACAAAGAAGGUGAUGAGCAAUCAAUUAUCAACAAUGCAAAACCUGAUGCUCUCCAUACUUUCUUGGAGGUACAGAUGAAGCGUAGUGCUUCAAAACUUUAUGAUGGGGAGAAGGAAUGCCUUGCUGAGUUAUCAUGUGAAGGUCUUAAUUGCUCCGUUAAGCUUUUCCCAGAAACGAAGAUAGCUGACAUUAAAUUAGGGAGAUAUCGCUUGUCAUCACCAAGUGGUCUGCUUGCUGAGAGUGCACCUGCCUCUCACUCUGUACUUGCUGUCUUCUGCUAUAAGCCCUUUGAUGCUAAAGUUGACUGGAGUCUUGUUGCAAAAGCUUCUCCAUGUUAUAUGACUUAUCUAAAGGAUUCCAUUGAUGGAAUUGUCAACUUCUUCGAAAGCAGUACUGCUGUGAGCCAGACAAUAGCUUUGGAGACUGCAGCUGCUGUACAGUCAACUAUUGAUGAAGUCAGACGCACUGCUCAAGAAGGAAUGAAUAGAGCAUUGAAAGAUCAUUCAAGGUUUCUGCUCGACUUAGAUAUUGCAGCACCCAAAAUCACAAUUCCAACAGAAUUUCGUCCUGAUAAUCAUCGUUCUACAAAGCUUCUUCUAGACCUGGGUAAUUUGGUCAUCCGUUCCCAGGACGACUAUAAGCAUGAACUGACAGAGGAAAUGGAUAUGUAUCUGCAGUUUGAUUUAGUUUUGAGUGAUGUGUCCGCUUUACUUGUUGAUGGUGAUUAUUCCUGGAAACAAUUAUCCUCAAAAAGAGCUUCUAGUUCUGGUAGGGAAAGCAGUGUAACUUUCUUGCCAGUUAUUGAUAAGUGUGGGGUACUCUUAAAACUUCAACAGAUUCGUCGACCAAACCCAGCGUACCCAUCAACCAGACUUGCUGUGCGGCUACCCUCAUUAGGCUUUCACUUCUCACCGGCUCGGUACCAUAGGUUGAUGCAAGUUGCACAGAUAUUUCAAACUAAGGAUGAUGAGAGCUCUCAGAUUCUACGUCCAUGGGAAGAAGCUGAUUUUGAGGGGUGGUUGUCUAUUCUUAGCUGGAAGGGAAGAGAAGCUUCGUGGCAGCGGCGGUAUUUAUGCUUAGUUGGUCCAUUUAUCUACGUGCUCGAAAGUCCUGGCUCAAAAUCUUAUAAGAAGUAUACCAGCUUACGCGGGAAGCAUAUAUACAAAGUUCCCGUAGAGCUUGCUGGAGGAGUAGAACAUGUCUUGUCCAUUCGUAAUGCUUCACGGAUCAGUGAGAAGGGUCUACGAUCUCAUUCUGAUGAUUACUCCAGAAAAACAUGGCAUAGCCGUUUGCAGGGCGCUGUCUAUCGGGCCUCGGGUUCUGCUCCCAUAGCCGGUCUUUCUGAUACUUCAUCUGACAGUGAGGAGUCAGAAACAGAACAGAAAGAUGGUUUCGAUUUGUCUAACUUGGAGAGUGUAUAUGUAACCGGUGUGCUUGAUGAACUCAAAAUAUGUUUCAGUUAUGGUCAUCAGGAUGAUGCUUCUUUCAUGGCGGUGCUUCUCGCCAGAGAGAGUAAAUUGUUCGAGUUUAGGGCCUUAGGUGGGAAGGUUGAAGUUUCGAUGAGAGGGAGUGAUAUGUUUAUUGGGACUGUACUGAAAUCUCUGGAAAUAGAAGAUUUGGUGAGCCAUUCUGGUUUAAACGAGUCUUGUUAUUUGGCAAGAUCUUUUAUUCAGUCUUCAGAAAUGCUUCCAUCCUUUGAAGAUGCUGAGAGCAGGAGCCCUGAACGGCUUGAUCCUACUUCUAGUGAAGGGGAGGAAAAGUUCUAUGAAGCACCAGAAAUCUUGGUUGAUUCCAUUGACUAUACAUCUCUCAGGACCCCUAGUUUUAGUCGCAUUGAUGGAUUGCUCCCUGUUGACAACAAGAAUAUCACUAAGCCAAGCAAUGAGACAACUGAGUCACUGGAUAGUUUCGUGAAGGCUCAAAUAGUCAUAUACCAUCAGACGUCACCUCAAUAUAAAAACAUUGAUAACCAGGUGAUGGUAACUUUAGCUACUUUAUCAUUUUUCUGUCGAAGGCCAACAAUUCUUGCUAUUUUGGAGUUUGUAAAUGCUAUCAAUGUUGAGGAUCCAAGCUGUGAAUCUUUUGAGGACAACUCUCCUGUAGCUGGAGAGCAUACUUCUCCAAGAAGAGAUGGAUUUGAAGAUUCUAGGGAUGCAGCUGUCAAGGGUUUGUUAGGGAAGGGGAAAUCUAGAAUCAUUUUCAACUUGGAAUUGAACAUGGCUCGGGCGCAGAUAUUCCUAAUGAAUGAGAAUGGAACUAAGUUUGCUACAUUGUCACAAGACAAUCUGCUGACAGAUAUUAAGGUCUUUCCGAACUCGUUCAGUAUUAAGGCAAGUCUUGGAAAUUUACGAAUCAGUGAUGACAGCCUCCCAGACAACCAUAUGUACUUUUGGAUCUGUGAUAUGCGAGACCCUGGAGGAACUUCUUUUGUUGAGUUGGUUUUCACAUCAUUCAGUAUCAUUGAUGAAGAUUAUGAAGGUUUCGACUACUGCCUAUCUGGGCAGUUUUCUGAAGUGCGCAUUGUUUAUCUGAAUCGCUUUAUUCAAGAGGUUGCUGAAUACUUUAUGGGACUGGUGCCAAGUGAUUCAAAAGGGGUUGUCAAGAUGAAGGAUCAAAUUACGGACUCAGAGAAGUGGUUUACGACUAGCGAAAUUGAAGGAUCUCCGGCACUUAAGUUGGAUCUAUCUCUUAAGAAGCCCAUAAUUGUUAUGCCUCGUCACACUGAUAGCCCUGAUUACCUGAAGCUAGAUAUUGUGCAUAUAACUGUGGACAAUACCUUUCAGUGGUUUGCUGGAGACAAAAAUGAGCUGAAUGCAGUUCACGUGGAAACUAUGAAAAUAAUGGUCAUGGAUAUCAACCUUAAUGUUGGUUCUGGAGCUGAAAUAGGUGAAAGCAUAAUUCAAGAUGUGAAGGGGGUUUCUGUAACCAUUAACCGAUCUCUGCGAGACUUGUUACAUCAGAUACCGAGCAUUGAGGUUUCUAUUGAGAUAGACGAACUAAGAGCAGCCCUCUCAAAUAGGGAAUACCAGAUCUUGACAGAGUGUGCACAGUCUAAUAUUUCUGAGCUUCCACAUGCUGUGCCACCAUUGAGUGGUGAUGUUGUGACAUCUUCAAGAAACUUACAUGAAACUCUUACUUCUGAGGAUACUAAUGCUGCUCAGACAGAGAAAACUGAUACUUGGAUUUCAAUGAAGGUUUCUGUUGUCAUCAAUCUGGUGGAGUUGUGUUUGUAUGCUGGGACAGCAAGAGAUACACCGUUGGCUGCUGUACAGAUCUCUGGUGGCUGGCUUCUCUACAAAUCCAAUACACACGAUGAGGGUUUCCUUACUGCAACAUUGAAGGGAUUCAGUGUUAUUGACAACCGUGAAGGAACUGAAAAAGAGUUCAGACUGGCUGUAGGAAGACCUGCAGAUUUAGAUUUUGGAGAUUCACAUUCUGUGACUGAUAAAAAUCAGGGUUUAACUCAGUCACAUGUAACCACGGGGAGUGAUAUUGGACCCUUUCCUUCGAUGCUCACUCUUGAUGCGCAAUUUGGUCAGUUGUCAACUUUUGUUUCCGUUUCUAUUCAAAGGCCACAGUUGCUUGUAGCUUUGGAUUUUCUACUGGCCGUAGUAGAGUUUUUUGUCCCUACUAUAGGCAGUGUGCUAUCAAGUGAAGAAGAUAAAAACCUUAAUAUGGUCGACGCAAUUGUCAUGGAUAAGUCUAUCUACAAGCAACAAACUGCUGAAGCGUUUCUUUCUCCUCUUGGUCCUUUGAUCGCUGAAGAUGAAAAAUUUGAUAACUUUGUUUAUGAUGGUAAUGGUGGAACUUUAUACCUGAAAGAUAGAAAUGGAGGCAUCCUCUCUUCACCUAGUAUAGAGCCUAUUAUAUAUGUAGGAAGUGGGAAAAGGUUGCAAUUCAGGAAUGUAGUCUUUAAGAAUGGCCAAGUUUUGGAUUCAUGUAUCUCUUUGGGAGCAUGCAGCAGCUAUUCUGUUUCUAGAGAGGAUGGGGUUGAGUUGGAAGUAUAUCAUAAAGCCCCACAACAAGACUCUGAGAGGAAGGAAGAUCCGGUUUCUCAAUCUCCCAGCACCACAACAGAGAGGUCCACGGAAAUGAUCAUUGAGUUUCAGGCUAUCGGCCCAGAACUUACCUUCUACAACACAUCAAAAGACGUAGUUAAAACUCCAUUACUCUCCAACAAACUUUUGCAUGCUCAGUUGGAUGCUUAUGGCAGGGUUGUCAUAAAGAAUGAUGAAAUUAAAAUGAGUGCUCAUACGUUGGGUCUAACCAUGGAAAGUAAUGGAGUGAAAAUUCUGGAACCUUUCGACACCUUUGUUAAGUAUUCAAGUGUUUCUGGGAAGACUAACAUACGUCUUUCAGUUUCAAACAUAUUUAUGAACUUUUCAUUCAGCAUCUUGAGAUUGUUCAUAGCCGUUGAAGAAGACAUUUUAUCAUUUCUAAGGAUGACAUCCAGAAAAAUGACUGUCGUCUGCUCAGAGUUUGAUAAAAUUGGGACCAUAAGAAAUCCCUGUACAGAUCAAAUAUAUGCAUUCUGGAGACCCCAUCCACCCCCUGGUUUUGCGAGUCUCGGCGACUAUUUGACACCAUUGGACAAGCCACCAACUAAAGGGGUUCUUGUGGUCAACACCAAUUUGAUGAGAGUUAAGAGGCCUUUAUCAUUCAAACUGAUAUGGUCACCUUUAGCUUCCGGGGGAUUAGGUGGUUCUUCGAUGGAUGACAAAGAUGAAAGAGAUAGUUCAUGUUCCAUUUGGUUCCCUGAAGCACCAAAGGGUUAUGUGGCAUUAAGCUGUGUGGUAUCAAGUGGAAGUACACCGCCUUCAUUGGCCUCUACCUUCUGCAUCCUAGCUUCUUCUGUUUCCCCUUGUUCUCUCAGAGAUUGUGUAGCUAUCAGCUCCACAGAUAUAUCUCAAUCAAGUUUAGCUUUUUGGCGCGUGGAUAAUUCUGUUGGCAGUUUCUUACCUGCGGAUCCCUCUACGCUCAACUUAUUAGGAAGACCCUAUGAGCUACGCCACAUAUUAUUUGGAUCCACUGCAGUCUUGCCAAAAGAAUCCAGCUACGUGGAUGAUCGUACUACUCCUGAUGAUAUUAUUCAGCCCACACGGCCACAGCCACUGAAUUCUGUUAACUCUGGUCAUCGAUUUGAAGCUGUUGCCACCUUUGAGUUGAUAUGGUGGAAUAGGGGCUCAGGCUCGCAGAAAAAAGUUUCAAUAUGGCGACCAAUCGUUUCUGAAGGGAUGGCUUAUUUUGGAGAUAUUGCUGUUAGUGGGUAUGAACCUCCAAACUCUUGUGUGGUUCUUCAUGAUACUAGCGAUCAAGAGAUCCUCAAAGCCGCUGUUGAUUUCCAACUUGUUGGACGUGUCAAGAAACACAGGGGAGUAGAAAGUAUAUCUUUCUGGAUGCCUCAGGCUCCACCGGGUUUUGUUUCUUUGGGUUGUGUUGCAUGUAAAGGCUCACCGAAACCAUAUGAUUUCACCAAAUUAAGAUGCGCUCGUAGCGAUAUGGUAGCUGGUGAUCAUUUUGCGGAUGAAAGUUUGUGGGAUACCUCUGAUGUCUGGCAGAGGGUAGAACCAUUUAGUAUAUGGAGCAUAGGGAAUGAGUUGAAGACCUUUAUUGUCCGUAGUGGUUUGAAAAAACCACCAAGGAGAUUUGCUUUAAAGCUAGCAGACCAGGGUUUGCCUGGGGGAACUGAUAACAUGGUCAUUCAUGCAGAAAUUGGGACUUUUUCUGCUGCGCUAUUUGAUGACUAUGGGGGACUGAUGGUUCCAUUGGUUAACGUAUCUUUGAACAAUAUAAGUUUUGGAUUACUUGGCAAAACCGACUACACAAAUUCAACCAUCAACUUCUCCUUAGCGGCCAGGUCAUAUAAUGAUAAGUAUGAAGCAUGGGAGCCUCUCAUUGAGCCUGCAGACGGAUUCUUAAGGUACCAGUUCAACCCUAGAUCCUUUGGUGCGGUUUCUCAGUUGCGCUUGACAUCUACAAAGGACUUGAACGUGAACAUCUCAGUUUCGAAUGCUAAUACAAUUAUCCAAGCGUAUUCUAGUUGGAACAGCCUUAGCAAUGUCCAUGGAUACCAUAAAGAGAGAGGAGCACUUCCUCUAGUUGACAAUGGAAAAUCUGUCAUUGAGGUGCAUCAGAAGAAAAACUAUUUCAUAAUUCCACAAAACAAACUUGGGCAAGAUAUAUAUAUUAGAGCCACCGAAAUCAAAGGAUUUAAGGAUAUUGUAAAGAUGCCAUCUGGGGACGUCAGACCUGUAAAAGUUCCCGUCUUGACCAAUAUGUUGGAUUCUCACCUCAGAGGAGAACUAUGCAGAAAUCCUAGAAUCAUGGUUACAGUUAUUGUGAUGGAUGCACAGCUUCCAAGAACUUGUGGAUUGUCUUCGCAUCAAUACACAGGAGUCAUACGCCUGUCUCCCAAUCAGACCUCCCCUGUUGAAUCAGAGCUUCGUCAGCAAAGUGCACGUACUUGUGGAAGUGUUUCAAAUAUGUUGUCCUCUGAGCUAGAAGUGGUCGACUGGAAUGAAAUAUUUUUUUUCAGAAUCGACUCCCUGGAUGACUUUGUCUUGGAAUUAAUAGUGACAGACGUCGGAAAAGGUGCCCCUGUUGGGAGUUUUUCAGCUCCUCUAAAACAGAUAGCACAAUAUAUGAAGGACAACGUAUACCAGCACAAUUAUGCUAAUGACCUUGUCUGGUUAGACUUAUCUACAACUGAAACCAUGAGCAUUAACCAAGGGGAUCAAAGAAAGAACUGCGGAAAAAUAAGAUGUGCUGUACUGUUGCCAGCUAAGUCGAAAGUGGACCAAAGCAAAUCCUUCAGAGAAAAAAAAUCUGGAUUUCUUCAAGUAAGUCCUAGCAUUGAGGGUCCUUGGACGACAGUUAGGCUGAAUUAUGCUGCUCCUGCUGCUUGCUGGAGGUUGGGAAAUGAUGUGGUUGCAAGUGAAGUUAGUAUGCAGGAUGGAAACAGAUACGUAAAUGUCAGGUCUCUAGUUUCGGUGGAGAACAAUACUGACUUUCUACUUGACCUCUGCCUGCAGUCUAAAGUAAAUUCAAUUCCAGAUAUUCCAAUUGGGUUACUGAAACCUGGUGAUACGUUACCGGUUCCCUUAUCAGGAUUGACACAGUCGGCAUCUUAUGUUCUGAAACUGAAGUGUGUAUUUCCUGAUGGGUCGGAUGAGUAUUCUUGGAGUUCUGUGGUUUCGAGGCCUGGGGGGGCAGAGGUUUCUUGUGAAUCAGAGCCUGAAAUAUGUAUAUCGGCUCUAACUGAAUCCGAGCACUUGCUAUUUUGUACUCAGAUAAACAGUACUUCUUCCGGAGAUAAUCAAAAGUUGUGGUUCUGUUUGAAGACCCAAGCAACAGAAAUUGCAAAGGAUAUACGUUCGGACCCUAUUCAAGACUGGACCCUUGUGGUCAAAUCACCGUUUUCUAUAGCAAAUUGUCUUCCAUUUGGAGCUGAGUACUCAGUGUUAGAGGCGCAAGCUAGUGGUCAUUUUAUUUGUCGCUGUAGAGGUGUCUUUAUUUCUGGGGAAACUGUCAAGGUGUAUAGUGUUGAUAUAAGAAACCCUUUAUACUUUUCUUUGCUUCCACAAAGAGGAUGGCUACCAAUGCAUGAAGCUGUCCUUAUAUCUCACCCCAAUGGUGUCCCUGCGAAGACAAUUGGACUAAGAAGUUCUGCCACUGGAAGGAUUGCUCAAGUAAUACUGGAGCAAAACUAUGAUGAACAGCAGAUAGUUUUGUCGAAGAUCAUCAGAGUUUAUGCUCCGUUCUGGUUUUCGAUUGCGAGGUGUCCCUCACUUACACUCAGACUUUUAGAUCUGUCAGGGAAGAAGCAAACAAGAAAAGUUGGUCUUCCCUUUCGAAGUAAAAAGAAUGAUGAAGUAGUCCUAGAUGAGGUAACCGAAGAAGAAAUAUAUGAAGGUCAUACAAUUGCUUCUACUUUGAAUUUCAAACUUCUGGGCCUGUCAGUGUCUAUAUCUCAGUUUGGCAAUCAGCAACAUGGUCCUGUCAAAGAUCUUUCUGCUCUGGGUGACAUGGAUGGAUCUUUGGAUGUGGAUGCGUAUGAUCCCGAUGGAAAUUGCAUGCGGCUAUUUUUAUCUACAAAACCUUGUGCUUACCAGUCGGUUCCUACAAAGGUAACAAGCAUUUUGUCUUCUACUUUUUCUUUGUUAUUACAUGAACCAAAAGUACUCCAUGCUUAUGAUUCAAGGGUCUCCUUUGUUUUCCAGCCAAGUGGGAGAGAUGAACUCCAGAGACACAAAAACAAAAGAAUGGUUAAAAAUGUUGUUGAAGGUGUCCACUGGAAGUAUGUAGCAUAUGAUAUUUGCUCAGUAAAACCAGUGAGACUUCUAGGAGCAGUCCGGUUAAGAGAAACAGAGUGGUCAUUUCCCGUUCAAGUUACCCGAGAGGACACAAUUGUUCUUGUAUUAAAGAGUAAAAAUGGUGCACGGAGAUAUGUGAAAGCAGAGAUACGGGGAUUUGAAGAGGGAUCACGUUUUAUAGUUGUAUUUCGACUAGGACCAAGCAACGGUCCUAUGAGGGUUGAAAAUAGAUCAACUGUCAAAAGCAUCAGUGUUCGGCAAUCUGGUUUUGGUGAAGAUUCGUGGGUUUUGUUGGAACCUCUUACAACAGAAAAUUUUGCAUGGGAAGAUCCUUAUGGUCAAAAGUUCUUGGAUGCUAAGGUUGAAAGUGAUCACCGCUCUGGGGUAUUCAAAGUAGACAUGGAAAAAGGUGCUGUGGAUUCUGAAUUGUGUAGGGAGUUAGAAGUGAACUUUGAUGUUCAAGAAAUUGGUGACAUCAAGAUUGCUAGAUUCACCGAUGAUGACAGUACUUCACAGAGUUCUAACGAAAUCAUAUCUUUGACAUCGAUUGGAAAUCAUGGAUAUUCUACUCCUCAGACACCUACAGAACACAAGACCACCACUCUGGAGGUCAUAAUUGAAAUGGGACUAGUGGGGAUCUCUCUUGUAGAUCACAUGCCUAAAGAGUUAUCAUAUUUUUACCUUGAAAGAGUAUUUGUAUCUUACUCCACUGGGUAUGAUGAGGGAAGAACUAGCAGGUUCAAAAUCAUUCUGGGUCGUUUACAGAUUGAUAACCAGCUACCUCUAACUUUAAUGCCAGUACUAUUGGCACCAGAUAACACUGGAGAUAGUCGUCAACCAGUGCUUAAGAUGACAAUUACAAUGUGUAACGAAGAAACUGAUGGCAUUCAAGUGUAUCCAUAUGUGUAUGUACGGGUAACAGAUAAUACCUGGCGACUAAACAUUCACGAGCCUAUCAUUUGGGCUUCAGCUGACUUCUACAAUAAGCUUCAGAUGGACCGUCUCCCCAAAAGUUCUAGUGUCGCGCAAGUUGAUCCUGAGAUACAUAUAAACCUCAUAGAUGUUUCGGAGGUAAGGCUAAAGGUCUCACUAGAAACAGCGCCAGCUCAGAGGCCUCAUGGAAUUCUUGGUGUUUGGAGCCCCAUUUUGUCCGCUGUUGGAAAUGCUUUCAAAAUUCAGGUUCAUCUAAGGAGAGUAAUGCACAGAGAUCGGUUUAUACGGAAAAGUUCAAUACUUCCAGCCAUCGGGAAUCGCAUAUGGAGAGAUCUGAUCCACAAUCCCUUACAUUUGAUUUUCUCAGUAGAUGUUUUGGGUAUGACUAGCUCAACAUUGGCCUCUCUUAGCAAAGGGUUUGCCGAGCUUUCAACUGAUGGUCAAUUCAUGCAACUACGGGCUAAACAGGUUUGGUCGAGGCGGAUCACCGGUGUAGGUGAUGCAAUUGUUCAAGGAACAGAAGCCCUGGCACAAGGUGUUGCCUUUGGGGUUUCAGGAGUUGUUACAAAGCCUGUAGAGAGCGCCCGAGAAAAUGGUAUUCUAGGGUUUGCCCAUGGGGUAGGACGGGCGUUCCUAGGAUUUAUUGUACAACCAGUGAGUGGUGCAUUAGAUUUUUUCUCAUUGACUGUUGAUGGAAUUGGAGCAAGUUGUAGCAGAUGUUUGGAGGUUUUGAGCAACAGGACCGCCUUGGAAAGAAUUAGAAAUCCUCGUGCUGUUCAUGCUGAUGGUAUACUCAGGGAAUAUGAUGAGAAGGAAGCUAUAGGCCAGAUGCUCCUUCAUCUAGCAGAAGCAAGUCGGCACUUUGGCUGUACAGAAAUAUUCAGGGAACCCUCAAAAUUUGCUUUGUCUGAUUGCUAUGAAGAGCAUUUCCUUGUUCCAUACAAACGCAUUGUCAUGGUGACCAACAAGAGAGUCGUGUUAUUACAGUGCUCUGAUCUGGAUAAGAUGGAUAAGAAACCCAGCAAGAUCAUGUGGGAUGUGCCUUGGGAGGAACUUAUGGCGUUGGAAUUGGCAAAGGCAGGUAGCCAAAGGCCCUCGCAUCUCAUACUGCAUCUGAAGAGUUUUCGGAAGUCAGAGAGUUUUGCUCAGGUUAUAAAAUGCAGCGUGCCAGAAGACUUAAAUGGACUAGAACCUCAAGCUGUCCGAAUCUGUUCAGUAGUGCGCAAAAUGUGGAAAGCAUAUCAGUCUAACAUGAAAAAUCUUGUGCUCAAGGUUCCUUCAAGCCAGAGACAUGUGUAUUUUGCUUGGAAUGAGGCUGAUGGAAGAGACUCAAAAACAUACAAAAACAAAGCUAUUAUUAAAUCGAGAGAACUUUCUUCUUCAAGCUCUGUCUCAGAUGAUAAAAAGCUUGUCAAACAUAGUAUCAACUUCUCAAAAAUCUGGAGUAGUGAGCGAGAAUCCAAAGGUCGAUGUUCUUUGUGUAAAAAGCAGGAUUCUGAAGAUGGAGGAGUUUGCACUAUCUGGAGACCCAGUUGUCCAGCGGGAUUCGUGUCAGUGGGUGAUGUAGCUCACGUUGGUAGCCAUCCCCCAAAUGUUGCUGCUGUCUACAAUAACACCAAUGGAGUGUUUGCACUUCCUGUGGGUUAUGACCUUGUGUGGAGGAAUUGCUUAGAUGAUUACAUAAGUCCUGUAUCGAUCUGGCAUCCACGGGCUCCUGAGGGAUUCGUCUCUCCUGGAUGUGUUGCAGUGGCUGGUUUCAUCGAGCCAGAGCUCAACACAGUGUAUUGCAUGCCAACGUCUUUGGCCGAGCAGACUGAGUUUGAAGAACAGAAGGUUUGGUCUGCACCUGACUCGUACCCAUGGGCUUGUCAAAUUUACCAAGUUCGAAGUGAUGCACUCCACUUUAUGGCUCUGCGACAGACCAAAGAGGACUCUGAUUGGAAAGCAAUUAGAGUUCGAGAUGAUUACAGGUCCAUAGAAUCUGAAUCGGGAAAGAAUUUGCGUUUAGAAUGAAACUUUUCACUUCUUUUUUUUUGGGCUUUUGGGAAACUAUUACUUCAUGCAACGAAGUAGACUUGCAAACAAAGAGAGUGUUUUUUUGUUGGUUUUUUGUUUGGCGUGAAAAGAGAGCUUUUAUGUUGAUAUUUUUUGUACAUUUGUGGAUAAAAUUACUUGUGCUUUCUAGGAAGGAUGUAUCUGUACAAGUUAUUAUUAUUACAGAAAUUUGUCUUAGUCUUAAUAAUAAUAAGAUUGUUAGAAGAUUUUAAUUUAUAAUUAAGAAAACAGAAGACUAUUUCUAA